UGCAAUACUUACAGAGCCACGAAAGCAUUAAGAAAGAGCAAGUAAGAGAAGGAGAGAGAGAGAGAGAGAGAGAGAGAGAGAGAGAGAGAGAGAGAGAGGUUAUUUUAUUCUCCAAUAAGCGAAUAAAUGUAAAGAUCACUUUGAUUUCGUUUUUAAGAGAUGGAUAAAGCCACAACACAAUUAUUUGUGAUAGUUAAGGCAACCCCCUUGUUGAGAUGGGGCUUGGCUUCCCCACAGAGGUACCCAGCUGAGAAUCCCCACUUUUUCUCCUCUCUUGAGCAUCCCCCAAAACAUUGGUUUCAUCUUCAGGUCCUCGGUUCAUCUGGCUUUUAAUGUGUUAACAGAUUUUGAAAAAGCCUUGAAUACACUUUUCUCCCUACUUAACUAGAAAGGUUGGCAUGUGUGUGUAAAUACACACACACACACACACACACACACACACACACACUUCUCCUUCCCUCAUGCUCCCCUCGCAGGGCAGGGUCUGUUUUGUUCAUCAAUGCCAUGCCUCACCUCUGGGAACUUGGCGAUUGAAGAGGAGAAGCAGCUUGGGAGCUUGGGAGCCCUGGUCGGAGCAGGGCAGGGAGGCUGGGCCAUGCCCCACCCAGGCACUUCACAGAGAAGCUGGGGUUCGGUUCCACCCGCGGCUCGGCUGCAGACGCUGCUCACUGUGCUAUUCCAGAUAGCUAGCAGAGGGGUGGCAGCAGCCUCUUUCUUUCUUUUUCUUCUUCUUUUUCAUCUUCUUUUUCCCCCCUUGGAGGAAAUACUGCAGCCUUCUGGACUGCGUGCCCGGCUCCCUGGAGAGGCUCUCUCAGUUCCACCCACUGGCUGGAAGGAGGGGAAGUGAGUGAGAGGGGCAAGGCCAGCUGGAACACACCAUGUCACUCUGGGAACCAGACAGCAGCAACUAAGCCUGCACGGGUUUCUUUUUCUUUUCUUUCUUUUUUCUUUUUUCUUUUUCUUUUUUUCCCGGUUUUUUUUCCUUUCCGUUCUUUUUCUUUUUGUCCGUUGUUUCUUUUCCUUUUUUCUUCUUUUUAUUAAAAUUUCCUUUUUCCGCGGUGGGAAAGAGACACGGGAGAGAACGAAAGCUGUACUGCAAGGAUUCCGAGUUGUGCUAAAGGAUCUAUUUCUUUUUUUCUCCUCCUUCGCCUUUACAAGCGCCUGCGAUUGACACCACUAGAGACAGGCUGGUCACAGAGCAAACUGCUUCAUCCGGACUGGACCGGGCAGCUGGGAGGAACCAGGCAGGCAAGAACUGGGGAAGCAGUCUGGGGGUUUCCGCUACAGAUCUCAACCCCCAUCUGUUUUUGUUUUUGUUUUCUUUUUCUUUUUCUCUUUUCUUUUUGGUUCUUUUGUUUUGCUUUGCUUUGGUUUUUUGGGUUGUUUUAAAUUCCUCACGGUGUUGGAACUAGUGAGGCUGGAGUCUGAGAAGCCUCAGCAGUCACGCAGACUGCCAGGGACAGUGGAUUAAGAGAAAGAAGCUCGCUUGCCUGGGGCAUCAUACACCCUGUUAUUCAGUUUCCUGCCUCGGAGAUAAAGAUCCCAGCUACAUGGGCAAACGCCUGGAUCAGCCACAAAUGUACCCCCAGUACACGUACUACUGUCCUCAGUACCUCCAAACCAAGCAGUCCUAUGCACCAGCUCCCCACCCCAUGGCUCCUCCCAGCCCCAGCACAAACAGCAGCAGCAACAGCAGCGGGGAACAGUUGAGUAAGACAAACCUAUACAUCCGAGGACUUCCACCAGGCACCACUGACCAGGACCUCAUCAAGCUAUGUCAACCGUAUGGAAAAAUCGUAUCCACAAAGGCAAUUCUUGACAAGAAUACGAAUCAGUGCAAAGGUUAUGGUUUUGUAGAUUUUGAUAGUCCUGCAGCCGCACAGAAAGCAGUGGCGUCCUUGAAGGCAAAUGGCGUGCAAGCACAGAUGGCCAAGCAACAAGAGCAAGACCCUACGAAUCUAUACAUCUCAAACCUUCCCAUCUCCAUGGAUGAGCAGGAGCUGGAGAACAUGCUAAAGCCCUUUGGACACGUGAUAUCCACCAGAAUCCUGAGGGAUGCUAACGGAGUCAGCAGGGGCGUUGGCUUUGCCAGAAUGGAGUCUACGGAAAAAUGUGAAGUGGUGAUUCAACAUUUUAAUGGAAAAUAUCUGAAAACACCACCAGGCAUCCCAGCCCCCAGUGAGCCUUUGCUGUGCAAGUUUGCUGACGGAGGACAGAAGAAGAGACAGGGUCAGAGCAAGCACACCCAGAACGGGAGGCCAUGGCCCAGAGAAGGAGAGGCUGGCAUGGCUCUGACCUAUGACCCCACAGCUGCCCUACAGAACGGAUUUUAUUCUUCACCGUACAGUCUCGCAACCAACCGCAUGAUCCCACAGACAUCUAUCACGCCCUUCAUUGCCGCUUCCCCUGUCUCCACAUACCAGGGUGCUGUGAUCACACCCGCCGUGGACCACCCCAUGUCAAUGCAGCCAACUAACAUCGUGGGUCCCCUGACGCAGCAGAUGAACCAUCUUUCCCUGGGGACAGCAGGAACGAUUCAAUCCCAAGACAGAAUUAUGGUACUUCACCAGCUGUUAUGUCAGUAUAUGACUGCUGCUCCUAUGCAAGGGACCUACAUUCCCCAGUACACGCCUGUGCCUCCGACAGCUGUUUCUAUUGAAACGGUGGCCCCCUCAUCCCAGGACAGCAGUGGUCAGCAGCAACAGUUAGCAGUGGACACACCCAGUGAACACGCACCGGCAUACUCCUUCCAACAGUCCAAACCAUAGACAGAAGUGAGGAUGUCUGCCUGAACCUUUACCUUCAAUGAAGAAACGUCACUGAGCAAGAAGUUAGUUGGCCUCCGGUUUGCACAGGCGCCAAGGGAAAGCUUUCUUCUUCUUUUAUUUUUAUUAUUUUUUUUAUUAUUUUAUAUUUUACUCAAAGAAAACAAAAUUUUUAUGUGCUGUGCGAAUGGUUCCUCCGUGUGGUCUAACACUUAUUUUUGUCUUUUUUUUUUAAUUAACGGGAAAAAACAAAUCCCAGAAAGGGGUGGGGGAUGGCAAACAUCACAAGUUGAUGCUGUCUUUGGAAAAACAGAAUUUGCCUGAAGGUAUAAGUAGAUUUGUUUUUUAAAAAGUAGAAACACCAAUGUCAAGAGUUGGGCAACCAGAUGUUUAAGAAAAUUAUUUUCCUCAGUAAUUAAGCUAUUUUUUUCCUCUUCUUUUCUUUUCUUGUUUGAACCUCCUGGGUUUUUUAUAUAUAUAUAAAUAUUUUAUGUUUUCUUAGAAAUAUUUAGGUAAGGUUUAUCUUGAAUCUUAAUUGCCUUAAUUUUUAAGGACGUCAAAGGCUCCAGAGGCAUGCUUUCAGCGUCUUGUUAAAAAAAAAAAAUCAAGAAAGAAUUGAGUUUUUGUGCCAGCCUUCACUGACAUAGAAGAUGGAGACUGAGUUUUUAGGGUGGAAAAGAAAAAGAAAAAAAAAAAAACAAAACUGUACAGUUUGAAGGAAAAUGUGUUUUCUUCAUUUGAAGAAAAUUUGUUGAUAAAAGAAACCAAGGCAACCGCAAGAGUUUGGAAACGCUGGGACUUCUCAUGAACUUUGACACAAUCACUCUAAAAGGCUAAAAGACAUUUUAUGGUAAAGUUAUUCACGUUGGUUUUAAAAACAACUGCAUUAGAAAUAAUGCAAGUUUGGGGGGCAGAAUGCAGAUUUUUUUUUUUUUAAUUUACAAGAGCGUGGUUGCUAGCGAAAGCGUCAGUGCUUUUUAUCUGCAGUUUUUUCUAUGAGCUUUGUCAGGUUUUAGUCAGCUUUGCUUGUCACAUUGCAAAACCUAGCAUAAGAGCACUCAAAACAAAACUUAAGUAGAUAGACGCUUAUGGUCAAAAAGUGCAAAAAAAUAAAAAAUAAAACAAAAACACACACACAAAAAAACAAACAAAACAAAACAAAAACAAAAAAAAGCAAUAGAUAGAGAAAUUGUUGACAAUUUCUGUAGUCUUUCUUAGUUGUGGUCAAUUGCAGCCUAUGGAUGGCCUAUUUUAUACCAAAGAUGAAGUGAGACCCUGUUACAGGCGUGAUGGUAGACACUGCUUUUCUUUCUUUGAAGUUUUGUUUGACCUACAUGGCCGGACCAGUUCUAACUUCAUUUAAACUACCUUCCACUAGUGUGUUACAUACCACAAAAAAAGAAAAAAGAAAAAAAAAAACAUUGUUUUUUCUAAAAAUGUGUAUUUGUCAAUAGUUGAAGUUUGUUCCUACCCUGCUCAGCAGUUUAAGCAUGAAGAAUCUGAGACCCAGUGGAUGAAUGGAUGCAGGCGGCUUUAAGUCCUGUGAGCUUUGCUAUCUCUUGACCAGCGCUCUCAGCAGUGGAUCGACGGCCACCAAUACACCCCGUCAGUUGUUCAAGAGAUUGAAAUGCCCUCAUCUGAACUUCAGGCUAAGGAUGCUUCCUGAAGGAUGCUUCUGAUGUCUGAAAGGCCAUUUGUCAGAAAGGCUGUGAUGUUCGGAGCUGUGGGUUGUGGUCCCCAGAGAAGUUCUCACGAAUUGGUAACAAUGUUUCUUUCAAACACUGACAGUAACCAAUUUUUGUCUUCUCACCUUGGUUUAGUUAUCAGCCCUCCUCACACAGGCGCUUUGAUUCUGUGUUUGGGGAGGGAGUGUUUUUCUUUUACCUCCUCUGCCUGCUGUGUUCUCAUAUCUUGAUACUGACAGGAGAGACAACACAGCCCUCUUUAAAUUUUGGUUUAAUUCUCCAAGAUAAGUGGGGCCGUUAAGAUCUAAGACUCCUUUGAGUGCAGUAGGGGCAAGCUCUUAACACCUUAGUUGACAAUCAAUAAAUUUUUUUCAACAAGAACCACAAGAACUAGGGGUUGAUCCAGCACCGAAACCAAAGGAGAUAUUUGCACUUAGAAUAAUGCAAAACUUGGCUUAAAAUGAUCUAAAUUGGCUUAGUGAGAGAGUCCUAACUGUUCUGACUCAUCAGAUCUGGGAUCAACGGAUCUUGUUUUCCUGGAAGUUAGAAGCAGUAGCUUGGAACUCCGUUCAUGGGACCAUUCCCAAGAACUGCUUUUGAAUGAAACUUUGAAUCAAGUAGGCAAAGCUCUUUUCUGCAGGUUACUCCAUCUGAGUGCAUAGGGAGGACACAAAACCGAGCCGCUGGAGAGGAAAAGAGAGUAGGCUUUCAGAAACAAAGUAACUUGUAAGGCAAAUCACAGUCCCAUUAGGCCCCACAACUAAUGAGUCUGCAGGUCCAUAUUCUGCUGUCUCACUAGACCCUCCUUCUCUUCUUUGCAACCCUGUGAACUGAGAGCUCAAACCCAGAAAGUCAUCUUGUAUGUUGGUCAUCAAACUAAUUACAGAACAGUAUCCAAGGAGACAGCAUCACACUGCAGAGACCUUGUGGGCUUCGCCUUUAUCCUAAUGUCUUUCCCUGCUUUGGAGGGAACCUGAGAUGCCUACAUCCUUCUGUCACACCAGUCAGCUCCCUGUGUGUUGGAAGGGUGGACUUGAACAUGUCUAUGGAAAGCAAGCCCUCAAGUUCCAGGGGCUCUCAGAAAACUCACUGAGACCCAACUUUCUCUUUCUCCUUCGGCUUCUCUCAAUUCUCUGUGUAAGUGAGGAUUAUCCUGGGCAUCAUUCAUUUGAAUAUGAAACCAACAUACUUUCUUGUCCUUUCUGUAAAAGAACAAAAUGCCUGUAUUCACGUGAUACAAAGAGAGUCUCAUUUGCAUUACCGAUAAUGAGGCUUCAAGGUAGCUACCAUGUGGCAGCUGAAGGUGCCUAGGGAACUUCAUGCUCAAAACUCCUGUCUUACAUAUGUAGUCAUUCUGAAACAUUUCUUUCAACUCUAAAAUUUUCAUGAUCUCUUUUCUUUUAAGCCAUCUCAGGCCAAAGGAAAUCAUUAUGUCAUCUUCUAUGUUCCUGUGUGUUUUAUGUUUGGGCUGUCUUGAUAAUGCCAUUCCGUAAAAUCUUUUGAGAAAAAGAAAAAGUGUGUAUUCAAAUUGGCUCUCUCUUCUUCUGUCAUUUUUACCUAAGAAUUGUUUUUUCAAUAGCCCAAUAUAAAAACAACACCCCCACCCCCCCAAACCUUAUACGCAAUGUGUGCAGUGCAGAUACCUGAAUCUCAACCUAGUCACCACUACACAUGGUAGUCCUCAUGACUUAGUACUACAGUCAUUUUUAAAACUAAAGUAAAAUUCUAAUUCUUGAGAUUGCCAAAAUAUUUUGAUUUUAUUCUCUUUCAUUACCACAUACUGGAUUUAGGAAACCAACAAUAGGUACAAUCCAAACAAGAUAAAUUCCGAGUCAUCCAAAUGCUACCUAUUUUGUCAGAACAGUGUUCUCUUUGAAUAAUGACCAAGAUACCAGGAGAAGCAGAAUGUGUGGAGACUGCUAGCUGUUUUCACCUAAGGACCCCAGGAUAGAACCUUCAUGAGCUAAUGGUAAUGUCAGCAGGUGCUGAAGAUUAGAAAUAAUUACUUAGUUUUUUUAUAUUUUAAAUCUUUGUUUAAUGGUUGAAAUAUCUAUGAAAAAACCUACACAUCUUUUCUAUUGACUUAAAAAUCCUCUUCACCGAGGAGUGGGAUUUGGUCUCAACAGGGUCCUCACGUUCUUCAUGAUGGAGGUGUUUGGGUGGGACAUCUGUGUAGACUAUGAUGUUAAUAGGCUAAAACUACUCCUGACAAUCUAAGCUCAUCUGCAUGAGUAUGCGCACAACUCCAGGAGAGCUGAAGACUGAGGAGUAAGCCUUCUGUGGGCCUCAAUGGAAAACCUGUGAUUUCAACUUGGUGAGACAGCAGGAUUGAAAGUCCCCUGUAACAGCUUUCAGCAAGACAAGCAAUCACACAGCAGAAUAUUAUAGAACCAUCUCACAGAACCUUGAUCUGGUUUUGUUUUUUUUUUUUCUUUCUUGACCACAGUGUGGAGCAAAGAAAAAGAUUUCUUUCUUCCUUCCUUUCUUUCUUUUCAGUUUUUCCCUUUUGUGCCCUUGAGACUAGUAUGCUGAACAUUUAUUUUGAGCCCACUGGCCUUGAUAGAUUCUCUGGAACCCCAGGAAUAGCUGGAUUGGCAGACUCCUUGAUUCCAUUUCCUUCUUGUGGGGUUUCUUUCACCCAUGCAUCGACUCAUUUUACAACUGCGGUGUUGUAAAGUAGUUGAGCCUACCUUAAGAUUAAGAUUUCUUACCCAUACAUAAGUGGUCUGUCCUGGCCAACCUUUGUGAUGACUUGGAGUUUAGAAAAGAACAAAGGCCGAAGCUCCAAGUGACUCCAUAAUUUAAGAAACUGGGUUCAGCGCAGAUUUCUGAUUUCUAUUGUCUUUGGGUAAAUACCCCAACUUAUAACAUGCAGUCAUAGUCACUGUCACAGGAAGGGCUGGGUGUCUUCUCGACAGUAACAGUCAUGAGGUUCUGGGCAAGAAAACAAUGUUCUGGGGGAUUUGCUUCAGAACUGAACAGGGGGAGAGGCUAGAUGGAGCUUGGGGGUUCAGGGGGAAAAUGCAAGCCCAAAGUCAACUGGGAGAUUUUCUUAACACUACUCCAUUUGAAAGAAACACAAUCACUGUCAAUGUUCAAAGGGCUAGCUAACUAGUUUGUGGGGGGUGUUUCAUCUUUUCUUCUCUAUGACUGAUCCUGUUAAUCUUAGCAUCUCACUGCAAGGGAGGACAGAAGAAACCCCUGAAAAUAGCAAUGCACACCAGUCUGUUUUGCUUUCCAAGUACUGAUGAAUCAAGGGAGCUUUAAUCAUUAUUGAAAUUAAUGUUCACACAUCAUACACUAUGAAAUUCAACAGUCCAUACAUGUCCAUACAUGUCAUUUUCCUAUCCAUCACACAUAAUCGAGAGUUGGCUGCAUUCUUGUAAAACACAAAUGGAAAUAUUGUAAGAACAAACCUGGCUCCCCUUAGAAGAAGGCUACUUUGGCUCCAUUCUCUUGGCUGAAACUCAAACCAGGAAAAAAAGAUACACACAUUCUCUAUCAGGAGAAAAUAAGGUCAUUUCGACUAAAUACACAGUUUUAAUCCCCUUCUUUUGACUACAAAAAAAUUUAUUUUUGUUGUUAUUUCUAUUUGAACCUGUUUUACUGUUUUAAGACUGAAAGUUACUUGUAUCCUGAGGCAUAAUUUUAUGGCCAUUAUGUACCUAAAUAAAAAGUGUAACAUUAGUGUUACACUUUGGACUUUGAAACUUCUAGUUCAACAUUGUAGAUAAGGAUGCUCUCUCCUCCUCCCCAAAUGUGUUAUGCUAUGUCCUCACAUGUAAAAAGAAGUGAGCUGUUCCAUCCCUCUUAGGAAGAGUAAAAUUGUUUCAAAGAGACAUUAGGUAUCUGAAAUUAUAUUGUUUUCCAGUCUGGAAACAAUUGUCCCCAUUAACUUAAAAAAAAAAAUGGAAUCUUUAAUUUUUCAGCUCUGGGUGGAAAUACUUCAGUUUCAAGGAAAACUGUGACAGGGCUUCCUCUUUAAAAGCCUUGGUUUAUGUCGUCUUCAACUUCAUGGACCUCCUGGAAUACCCUUUUGAGAUUUUAUUUAAGGGCAUCUUUGUAUUGCUGUCUCUGACUGUCAUGGAGAAUUCUGUAAUCCUAUGGUGUUUCUGGUUUUAUCUCUAAGUUCUUUCAUGUGUAUCAUGGUCAAGUUAGAUACCAUUUCCCCUGUUUCCUGGGCUCUCUGUAGAUCAGUGGAUAUUAGGUUUCAAUUUCUGUUUUCUUUGAUGAAGCUUUCAAUAAAAAAUGGAAAUAAAAUCAA